GCUACUCUGCUGCCAGCUGCAGACUCACCUGAGGACCCGACACCGAUGGACCGACCACACAGGACGAUGGAGGAAGGAGGAUGGAGGCGAGGCGGGAUGAGGAGGAGAGGAGACCAGAGGGAUGACAGCGCCACACUCAUCACCAUGGAAACCAACCCGGAGACAAACUACGGCAGCGUCACCGAGAAUGCACCUGUUCAGCCUCCAGACAGGAAUGUCUUCAGUGACGGGUCGACUCGAGUUGAUUUCGUGUUGACGUGGGAGGAGCCUCUGAGCUCACAGGUGGUUGUGGAAGUCCAAGGUGUUGGCCCCGCCCACAGGAAGUGGAGGAAGAAGUUUCUGAACAGACUGAGACACUCCGGACUGCUGCAGGAGCAGAAGGAGGUCCUCAAGAGGAAGAGCAAGAUCUUCUUCGUCCUCCUCAGCGCUCCGUGGAGCGUCCUCUGUUACUACGCUGAGGAGAUCAGUCUCAGAGCUCCUCUGCAGGUUGUCCCCUAUACGAUGACCAACUGGUCCGAGCAGGUCCUGUCCCGGCUGUCCCUCCCCAACCUAAUGUCUCAGGAUGUCCCCAACCCACCGCCAGACUACUACACCUGUCAGUUCAGGACCAACAAGCUGGAGAGGUUUCUGGGCAGCGACAACAGAGAGACGUUCUUCAAGACGACUCAAAGACACCAGGUGCUGUACGAGAUCCUGGCCAGGACUGCGUACGGUUCGGUGAAGAGGGGGGAGGUGGGAAUUGAUCGUCUACUGAGCGAGCAGGUCUUCACCGCCGCCUACCCGCUACAUGAGGGGGAUUUCCACCUGCCGACCCCUCCGGUGCCCCCCAAGUGUUUAGGUCUGAGAAGGAUCCUGUACUCCUACUGGGCCAAGUGGUCCUCCUGGAGACGCUACCAACCUCUGGAUCACAUCAGGGAAUACUUCGGAGAGAAGAUAGCGCUUUACUUUGCCUGGCUCGGUUUCUACACCGGCUGGCUGCUGCCGGCGUCUGUCGUUGGGACGCUCAUCUUCUUGUUCGGGUUCUGGGUCAUGGCCACUGACGUUCCAGCGAAGGAGUUGUGUAACAGUGGAGACAGCUUCGUCAUGUGUCCUCUCUGUGACAUCUGCCCUCUGUGGAACUACUCCAGCAUCUGUGUCACCUUCAAGGCCGGUAUCAUGUUUGAUAACGGGGGAACGGUGUUUCUCAGCGUCUUCAUGUCUCUCUGGGCCGUCACCUUUCUGGAGUACUGGAAGAGAACCUGUUCAGCUCUGUCUCACCACUGGGACUGCUCCGACUUCCACGACAUGGAGGAGCGACCUCGUCCAGAGUUCACGACCUUGGCGCCGAUGAUCAUGAGGAACCCGGUGACCGGAGCAGAGGAACCGUACUUCCCUCAAAAUAAACGAGUCAACAGAAUUCUUACCGGCUGCAUGGUCAUCAUCAUCAUGGUUGCCAUGGUGCUGAUGUUCCUCAUCGCCAUCAUUCUGUAUCGCACCAUCAUUAGAGUCAUCAUCUCCAAGUCUGGCUUCCAGACCAGCUUUGCUAGUAGGAUUGCCAGUAUUUCAGGAUCGGUGUUGAACCUGUUGGUCAUCCUCAUCUUGUCCAAAGUUUACUCCUCGCUGGCCCACAUCCUCACCCGCUGGGAGAUGCAUCGGACUCAGACUAAAUAUGAAGACAUGUUCAUCUUCAAAGUCUUCGUCUUCCAGUUCGCCAACUUCUACUCAUCUCCGGUUUACAUCGCCUUCUUCAAAGGCAGGUUCAUCGGUCACCCCGGACACUACAAAACUCUGUUUGGAAUUCGCAACGAAGACUGUGGAGCAGGUGGGUGUCUGGUUGAACUGGCUCAGGAGCUGCUGAUCAUCAUGGUGGGAAAACAGCUGAUCAACAACGCCCAGGAGUUCAUUGUCCCGAAGGUGAAGUCGUGGUGGCAUAAGAGGAAGACAGGAUCUCAUCUGAAGGAGGUGAAGGAGGUGAAGGAGGUGAAGGAGGAGCGAGGACAGGAGGCUCAGAGGGAGGUGAAGAGGGAGGGAGAGGAGGGGGUUUCUCCCUGGGAGGCAGACUACGAGCUGCUGGUCUGUGAAGGACUCGUCUCUGAGUACCUGGAGAUGGUGAUCCAGUACGGGUUCAUCACCAUCUUCGUGGCGGCGUGUCCUCUCGCUCCUCUCUUCGCUCUCAUCAAUAACUGGGUGGAGGUCCGUCUGGACGCUCAGAAGUAUGUGACUGAAUAUCGCCGCCCGGUGGCGGAGCAGGCGAAGGACAUCGGCAUCUGGUUCCCCAUCCUGCAGUUCAUCACUCAAAUGGCCGUCCUCAGCAACGCUUUCAUCAUCGCGUUCAGCUCGUCCUUCCUGCCUCGUCUGUACUACCGCUACACCAGAGACAGCACGCUGAGCGGCUUCAUCAACUUCACCCUGGCAAGCGCUUCACGCAACUACAGCCAGCAACACACACCCUGCAGAUAUCGGAGUUUGAGGGAUGAAGACGGUGAACACCUCCCAGAGUACUAUCACCUCCUCGCCAUAAGACUCACUUUUGUCAUCGUGUUUGAGCAUGUGGUCUUCUUCGUCGGCAGUCUGAUCGACAUGUUGGUCCCCGACAUCCCCGACGACGUGGCGAUGAAGAUCAGGAGGGAGCACUACAUGGCUAAAGAGGCGCUGGCUGAGAACCAGGUUUUAGCGAAAAGCUUGAUUCCUGGUGAGAAGGAUGUCCUGUCCACCAACCUGCGACCUCGUGGACCCAGACCCCCACAGCCACCGCAGAGCGACUCCUCUCCACCAGACCUGAAGCAGAUCCCAGAGGAGACCAGCACACCAGACAGCUGCUGAAAUAUAGGCUGGAUGUCCUGCCUCUACUUCAACGUCCACGUCUACUAGACUGAGCUUCUCCUUUUGAUCGACCGCUCUGAUAGACCUACAAGACCUCUGUGAGACCUCUACAAGAUCUACCAGAUCUGGACUGAAUCCUUACAGGUCCUACAAGAAGAUCUAGAUCUGCUAGGCCAUUGGUAGACCUAAAGGAACUACAAGACUUCUGCUAGAUAUCUAGAGGAUCCACCAGACCUGCUCGGAGAUCGACAAGACUGCUAAACAUCUGCUGGUCCUUUAAAAGAACUGGACUGAAUCCUUACAGGUCCUACAAGAAGAUCUAGAUCUGCUCUUCAGCUCCUCUCCAGAGGCUCCCUGUGGAUCUUUAAACAUGGAAAUGAAUAACUGUUUCUUUGUUUACAUUUCCAUGUUUAUUGAUCAUCGUUGUAGGUCUAUGGUACGACGGUACG